AUUUUCCGGGAAACACGGUAGGUGUUCUUGUGUACAUUGCAGAACCAUUGGACCAAACAGCUAGUUUAGGAUCAAGGCCACUGUUUUGAUUAGUUCUUUUUUUCUCUUAAAGAAUUCCCCUCAUAGCAAUAUGUUCUUUGUAGAUAUAGAGUUACAUAUUGCCGAGCUAUAGGGCUCUUUUAAUUUAUUUUGCCCAACUCCUUCCCUUCCUAUAGAAGACAGCUGAGGCUGGAGAGGUAGCGUCUGUCAAUUGGUAAUACAUGGCAGCAAUAUGCUCUUUGAAGAUUCAAACUAACCAGUAUAUUUUACAUUUUAGUGAAUUUAAUCUACAACGUGGAUAUAAAGUAUUGGAUUGCAAAUCUUUUAGAACUGUUAGUCCUGACAAUCAUUAAUGAGAAUAAGAUUGCAACUAAAAAAAACCCCAGCAGAUUCUUAGUUUGGAGGACCCUUAAAAGGUCAUGUCAACUGAGAACGUACGAAUGGAUCCUGAAAGGCACGAACACCCUAAAGCGAUUCCUUUCCAGAAAGUGUAAAGGGACUCCACCGUCUGGCAGAGACCUUUUUUGCAGUACUUAAAAAUUGAGCUAACACCAGUUUGGAGUUCUCUGGAUAACAAGAGGAAUCUGUCAUUUUAGUAUCUUCUCCCUCAAGCCCUCCCACACCUGCACGCGUUCUUGCACGCUGUGCGUGCACGACCCGCCGCGAGGCUGCUGAUACUCAAGUGUCCGCUUAACAAGCUCGCUGCAGACGAGUUGCGAGCGGUGGCUGCUGCCUGUUGAUCCCAUUUCCUCCUACUCUAGGCCGGGUUAGGGAGUGGCUCUCCCAGGACUUCCAGUGUUUUCGUGCUCGGGCACUGAUAUUCACAGGGCUCCAGAGCAUUGUUUUCUUCCAGGCAGUCUCGGUUAGCGCUUCAGCUUAGACCUUUAUUUUGCAUUCUGUCGUCUUGGGCUGCGUGUCCUCUCUUGUUUCUGCGCUCUCUCCACGCCCUUCCCAGUUUCCUGUUAGCCAAAGGAAUCGCUCUUUCUGAACGAAAAGUUCCCAGAGCCGAGUGGAACCUCCCGGAAAAUGCUCUUCUCUUCCGUGUGCGCCGGAUGGGGGUGGGGGUGGGCCAGAAACUGAACGCCAAGGUUGGGAGCGCAGGAAGGACCCGAACCCCAGGCGGGGGCGGGAGAGGAGUCCGAGAGGAUGGCUGGGGCCGGCGGCCAGCACCACCCACCGGGGGCCGCGGGAGGAGCGGCCGCCGGGGCCGGCGCCGCGGUCACCCCCGCCGCUGCAUCGGCGGGGCCCGGAGAGGAUUCGUCCGACAGCGAAGCAGAGCAAGAAGGACCCCAGAAACUGAUCCGCAAAGUGUCCACGUCGGGGCAGAUCCGGACCAAGACCAGUAUUAAAGAGGGACAACUAUUGAAGCAAACCAGUUCUUUCCAAAGGUGGAAAAAGCGCUACUUCAAACUUCGAGGCCGGACACUUUAUUAUGCAAAGGACUCAAAGUCUCUGAUAUUUGAUGAAGUUGACCUCUCAGAUGCCAGUGUAGCUGAAGCAAGCACAAAGAAUGCUAACAACAGCUUCACGAUAAUCACUCCAUUCAGAAGACUAAUGCUAUGUGCUGAGAACAGAAAGGAGAUGGAGGACUGGAUCAGCUCCCUGAAGUCUGUACAGACCAGAGAACCUUAUGAGGUGGCCCAGUUCAACGUGGAACAUUUCUCAGGGACGCACAACUGGUAUGCCUGCUCCCAUGCCCGACCCACUUUCUGCAACGUGUGCCGAGAGAGUCUUUCUGGAGUCACGUCCCAUGGCCUGUCCUGCGAAGUGUGUAAAUUCAAGGCUCACAAAAGGUGUGCAGUGAGGGCAACGAAUAACUGCAAGUGGACGACGCUGGCCUCCGUUGGGAAGGACAUCAUAGAAGACGAGGAUGGAGUGGCUAUGCCUCACCAGUGGCUGGAGGGCAACUUGCCCGUGAGCGCCAAAUGUGCUGUCUGUGACAAAACGUGCGGCAGCGUCCUCCGUCUGCAAGAUUGGAAAUGCCUCUGGUGUAAAACGAUGGUACACACUGCCUGCAAGGAUUUGUAUCAUCCUGUGUGUCCACUUGGCCAAUGUAAAGUGUCUAUCAUACCUCCCAUUGCACUAAACAGCACCGAUUCUGACGGUUUUUGUAGAGCAACAUUUUCGUUCUGUGUUAGUCCUCUCUUGGUUUUUGUCAAUUCUAAGAGUGGAGAUAAUCAAGGCGUAAAGUUCCUUCGUCGAUUUAAACAGCUACUAAAUCCGGCUCAGGUGUUUGAUUUAAUGAAUGGAGGUCCCUAUUUAGGUUUAAGAUUAUUCCAGAAGUUUGACAAUUUCCGGAUUCUUGUUUGUGGAGGAGAUGGAAGUGUAGGUUGGGUGUUGUCUGAAAUUGAUAAGCUCAACUUGAAUAAACAGUGUCAGCUGGGCGUAUUGCCGUUGGGUACAGGUAACGACCUUGCCCGGGUCCUCGGCUGGGGAGGCUCCUACGAUGACGACACCCAACUUCCACAGAUACUAGAGAAGCUGGAACGAGCCAGCACCAAAAUGUUGGACAGGUGGAGUAUAAUGACCUAUGAACUCAAAUUGCCACCAAAGGCUUCUCUUCUUCCAGAACCUCCAGAAGCAUCUGAAGGAGUUUAUAUGACAAUUUAUGAAGACUCAGUUGCAGCUCAUCUUACAAAAAUCCUCAAUUCUGAUGAACAUGCAGUAGUCAUAUCAUCUGCCAAGACACUGUGUGCAACUGUAAAGGACUUCGUCUCCAAAGUAGAGAAGGCAUAUGAAAAAACGUUGGAAAAUGCCGUUGUAGCCGAUGCUGUGGCCAGUAAAUGUUCAGUGCUAAAUGAGAAGCUGGAACAACUGCUCCAGGCUUUGCACACAGAUUCCCAGGCGGCGCCACUUCCCCCAGGCAUCAGCCCUCUCCUCGUAGAAGAAGAUACUGUGGAAUCUUCCAGUGAAGAAUCCUUGUGUGAAAGCAGGGAACAGCUCUUGGAUGACACGACAAGAACAUCCUCCCAGAAAACCGUCAAACCAAAGGAAAUAAUGUUGCGGGCAAACAGUUUAAAGAAAGCAGUGAGGCAAGUCAUUGAAGAAGCUGGAAAAGUUAUGGACGACCAGACAGUUCACCCCUGUGAACCAGUCAGUCAGUCAUUUGAUUAUGAUAGUACAGAAACAGAUGAAUCUAAAGAAGAAUCCAAAGACGAUGAUACAAAAGAAUCAUUAACUGUGAAAACUGCACCUCGGUCUCCAGAUGGUCGGGCAAGUCGUUGCCAGACUGACUCUGGCCCUGGUCCAACUGUGGCCGCCAGCAAAGAGAACCUCCCCGUGCUCAACACCAGAAUAAUCUGCCCAGGUUUAAGAGCAGGACUAGCGGCAUCAAUUGCUGGGAGUUCUAUUAUCAACAAAAUGUUACUAGCAAAUAUUGACCCUUGUGGUGCGACGCCAUUUAUUGACCCAGAUCCAGAUUCAGUAGACGGAUAUUCAGAAAAAUGUGUCAUGAACAAUUACUUUGGGAUUGGAUUAGAUGCAAAAAUUUCAUUAGAAUUUAAUAAUAAGAGAGAGGAACACCCUGAAAAAUGCAGGAGCCGAACUAAAAACUUGAUGUGGUAUGGAGUCCUUGGAACCCGGGAGUUAUUACAGAGAUCGUACAAGAAUUUAGAACAGAGGGUUCAACUUGAGUGUGAUGGGCAGUAUAUUCCUCUGCCCAGUCUGCAAGGAAUAGCAGUAUUGAACAUUCCCAGCUAUGCCGGAGGCACUAACUUUUGGGGUGGAACUAAAGAGGAUGAUAUAUUUGCUGCACCAUCAUUUGAUGACAAGAUCCUGGAAGUCGUUGCAAUAUUUGAUAGUGUGCAAAUGGCGGUUUCAAGGGUCAUUAAACUGCAGCAUCAUCGAAUAGCCCAGUGCCGUACAGUAAAAAUCACUAUACUUGGUGAUGAGGGCGUCCCUGUGCAGGUGGAUGGUGAAGCUUGGGUGCAGCCUCCAGGGAUUAUCAAAAUCGUGCACAAAAACAGAGCUCAGAUGCUAACAAGGGACAGGGCUUUCGAAAGCACUCUGAAAUCGUGGGAAGAUAAACAGAAGUGUGAUUCUGGUAAAGCCGUUCUUCGAACCCACUUGUACAUCCAGCAUGCUGUGGACCUGGCGACGGAGGAGGUGUCUCAGAUGCAGCUGUGCUCCCAGGCUGCGGAGGAGCUCAUCACCAGGAUUUGUGACGCAGCCACGAUCCACUGUCUUUUGGAGCAAGAACUGGCCCACGCUGUGAACGCCUGCUCCCACGCGCUGAAUAAAGCCAACCCUCGGUUCCCAGAGAGUCUUACGAGAGACACUGCCACUGAAAUAGCCAUCAAUGUGAAGGCUCUGUAUAAUGAAACAGAAUCUUUACUAGUUGGCAGGGUUCCUUUGCAGUUGGAAUCUCCCCAUGAAGAGCGGGUCUCCAGUGCCUUACAUUCUGUGGAGGUGGAGCUACAGAAAUUAACAGAGAUCCCCUGGCUGUAUUACAUCCUACACCCAAAUGAGGACGAGGAGCCUCCUAUGGAUUGCACCAAGAGAAACAACAGAAGCACAGUAUUUCGCAUAGUGCCAAAGUUUAAAAAGGAAAAGAUUCCCAAGCAGAAGACAAGUGCACAGCCUGUUCAGAAAUGGGGCACAGAGGAAGUUGCUGCUUGGCUGGAUCUGCUCAAUUUGGGAGAGUACAGAGAAAUCUUCAUCCGUCAUGACAUCAGAGGGGCUGAACUUUUGCAUCUGGAAAGGCGAGAUCUUAAGGACCUGGGGAUACUGAAAGUGGGUCAUAUGAAGCGAAUUCUCCAGGGAAUUAAAGAGCUUGGAAGGAGCAGUCCUCAAUCUGAGGUGUAAUCUUACUGGUGCUAUUCCUCGGAAGGGAAGUAAUUGCUACUUAAUACAGAGUUCUUUGAAGCAGUUGGCUGUUCUUGUGUAGUUUUCUGCUUAGAGAAAUUAGCACCACUGAGGCCACCCGUAUGGCUUGAUAUGUUGCUGUGGGUGAAAAUUUUGAUUAGAGGUAUUAGAAAAUAUUUUUGUGCCAAAAAGGACAUUCCACGAAGCCAUUUUCUUAUUUUGCAAACUUGAUAUGUUGAAGUAUGUUCAUGUUAGUAAAACAGUAGGAAAAAUCUGAGACAAUUGCCUUGUCUAAAAGGGGGAAUUGCAAAAUGUUUCCUUUCCUUAACCUAGUCGGAUGGAAUGUUCUCACUGUACGACUGCCUAACUUGGCUAAGAAUCCUUAGGUCUCAGUUUUGGAGGCAUUGGCUUCUUCCUUAAGACCCCUGAGCAGGGGACUAAAAUAUAAAUUAAGUUGUGUUUUGAAUAUUAGAUUGGUAAUACCUCAGAUUCCUAGCACUCAAUGGUCUAAGAAUAUGACCCAAUAUUAUGAAUGAAGGCAAAUCUUAGUGCACGCUAUUCCUGCCUGAAUUGUCUUUCUUUUCCUUGCAUGUCACAUCUAAUACUAUAACACUUAGUUUUAAUGUCAGUUUUCAUGGAAUUAAUUUAUUACUACCUUAAGUACAUUUUUAUUAGCUAAAGGCACUUUUCUGUUCUUUGAUGUGGACUUUUGCAUAAAUAUUCUGUAUCUAAGAAUUUGUGAACAUGUGUCUGUGCCAUAAUCAGCAAUGAUAUACAUCUUCUGCAAGUCAGCCGAUCAUAAACAGUAGGUAUGCACAGUAAGAAAACUCUCUGGGUAUUUUCAUAAAAUUUCAUGUUUUGUCAUCUAAUACUUAUGCUUUCCAAACCAAAAUUCCCACAUUGUAUUCUUAUUUUUCCAUUUCAAUUUAAUAAUUAUUUAAUACUCUGUUUGCAUUUAUAAUAUCGUAGACUGCUGACAUUCAGGCUUUUCUCCAAGGUCUCAAUAGGGAUUUGUGUACUGAUUGGUCACCCAGACUCACCCUCUGGCUACUCUUGACACAAACUUCCCAACAAGAGAAAUUUUAAUUUUUUUGCUUAAGGGCUUUAUAUUAUUAUUAUUUCACUUACUUCUUUUAUCCUAUCAGGUAGAUAUUAUUUUUCUAAACCACUGUAAUUUAGUGUAGCUAAUUAGGAGUCAACAUUACAAUGAUCCAAUCUUUGAAAGCCAAAGCUAUACAUAUUGAAAACUCAUAAAAAUAUCCUUAAAUAAGCUUUCUUUAGAUAUUCUAUACCAAAAAAUUAAUUAUAACAUUUAAAAAUCUUCUAUAUAAGAGAAGUAAACAGGGUACUGACCCAGUGAUGACAAUUUUCAUAAAGUAGCCUUCUAAGUAGGUGCUCAGUAGAUAUACAUACAUACAUACAUACACCAUAUACAUGUACACAUAUAUCUGUAUAUACACAUAUGUACAUUUAUAUGAUAGGCACACAUAUAAUCGUAAAAUAUACUCUCUGUUUUCUAGACAAUUAUUUGCUGAAUGCUUAAAGAGACUUUUUGAUGGGAAAGCAUUUAAAAUGAACUAUUGUCAGAGAUACGAUUUAAUUACAUCAAAGGAGUUUAAGUAUUUGACACUUUAUUCUUAUUUAUAACUUUAGUAUUUAACUACUAGUAAAAUCACAAAAUUUGGAUAUCUUAAAAGUAAGUGAACCCGGUGGGUUCCUGACCGAGUGUAUCUGAAUAUUUUACCUAAGUUGUGAAUAAAUGGAUAUUUUCCAAAGGGAAUUACAUCAAGUAGCUUAAGAAAGUAAAAAGCUACUCAUUUAAUAAUUUUGAUAUUAUCCACACCUAUGAAAUAAAAGGUCUUUUCCUGUCCCUUUUCUAGGCCCUCAUCCUGCCAUGUGUCCUUUUCUUCUGGCACUUUCCUGUGAAAUCAGAAUAGUAGAUGCCUGGUUCUCAGAACUCUGCUAACAGUACAGAUCUCUCUCUGUCCAGCUCUGCCAAAAAAGGAAAAGUGGGGGAAGGAGGCAAGGAACUCUAAUAAAAGAUGAUUUAAUAUAAAUAUCUUUAUUGAUUUUCAAUCCCCCAGCAAAUCCCUUUGCCCAUAGAAAAGAUAAGCGAUUACAUUUUCAGAAUUCAGAGUUAGAUAUAAAUGACUGGUUUUGUUGUUGUUGUUUAGUGUUGUUGUCUAGUGUUGUAGUUGUUUAGUGUUCACUCUUAGAUAACAUCUCUCAUAUAUACUGUAAAACCUCAGUUGAUGGAAUUCUUAGCUAGAAUUUUCCUGCAAACAGCUUUCGGAUGAGGGAAAUCCUUUAAAACGAGAAUUUGAUAUCUUUUUUGUUAAACAAGAACAGUUUUUCCUGUAUGCUUUGUCUAUGCAUGGCUGUGCCCAGGUGACUUCCCUCACACCUGUUUGCCAGGCUGGUGCCAUCAGAGCCUCCUGGGAGCCCUGUCAGUAUCCCCGAGGAACCAGCUUCUUCUAACAAAUGGGGUUCCAAAGACAGUAGGAGGAGCUGCUGCAUGGGGUCAGAUCACAGCUCUGGGGAGGGCAGGGGGGCCUCUGCCUUGACCACACAAAGCUGGGGUGAGUUGCCCAGACCUGCCCCAGAUUACCAGCUGUAACUGCCACCUUUCCUCCCCACUAGGCUCUUUCACAUGCAGGUAAGUUGGGAGGGAUGGAGAGGAGUCCCACUCAACAUCCAUUUCCUUUCAGUCUCGAAGAACUUGCUUUUCAAGAAGGAAAGAGCCAGGGUCAGGCAGGCCUAAGUAACAUUUCGAAGAAUACUCAGUUUCUCUCUGGCCUCUUCCCACCUUUCUUUCAGAGUUUCUUUCCCACUUCCUGGCUUCCUGUUUUCCCACAGGCCCAACACAGUGAUGGUUGCUCAAAUUCUCACUACCAUGUACUACCCUUUCUUCAUCAACUGUCCCACUGCAAAAUGACUCCUUUCGUCUCUCCCCACCGUAGCACGCAUCGUGGGUCAUCUAAUGAAGUUUUAGGAAGAAAACAAUGUAAAGAAACUGCUUUUACAGUUUGCAUUUUAUAAAAGGAAACCUGCUAAUCUAAAUGAAUUAAUGGAUUAGAUAAUUUGGGUGUCAUGAUACAUAUUGCUGUGGCUGAGAAGAGGGGACCCGUGAAUGUCUAGGCACGUGCUAUCCGAUAUCAUAGCCACUAGCCACAUGUGGCUAUUUAAAUCUAAAUUAACUAGAAAUUUAGUUUAUCAGCUGUACUAACCACAUUUCAAGUGCUCAGUAACCAUAGUGGACAACACAGAUACAGAUGUGGAACAUUUAUUUCCAUCAUUGCAAAAAUUCUGGAUCGCAUUUGGUUUAGAGCAUCGCUACUCAAAAUGUGGUCCAUGAACCAGGGGUCUCCUUAUCACCUGGGAACUUUCAGAAAUACGCAAUCUCAGAUUCAUUCCAGACCAACUGAAUCAAAACCUUUUAACAAGUUUCAUCAGGUGAUAAGCACUGGUCUAGAUACAUUAUAUCCCUCCUAGAUUUGAGGGACCUGAGGUCUUCAAAAGGUCCUCAGAAUAGCUCACUCCCCAAGUCAGUAUUUCCUAUCAAGUCCCCAGAUUAUCCCAGAAAUCAGCUGAAAUGCUGAUUCAUACCGUAGCUGAGUUUUCUUCUCAGUCCUUCUUCCUAGUUCUGGUUCUAGCUGAGCCCUACCUUCACAGUGGUUAUAUUUUGGUAGCUAAAGCAGAGCACAGGAGAUUGGCUAGCAUACCUGGCCUCUCUCCAGCCCCCUUGCCCCUCAUCUAAGUCACUGACUACCAUCACUCAGUUUGUUGCUCCCGCGUCAUUCGCAUUUGUUCACAACAAGGAACAUUUCAGAAGACUAUGUACUGAGAUAAGACCGAGUCAGUCUCCUACAAUUUGUGCAUUUUCACUUUCUCUUAUCAGUAGAUUAUCUUGUUGACACAGUUCAUGCUUGAGGACACGUAGCAACACACACGUUAAAAAUCAUUAGGCAUGAAAAAAAGAACCAAAAUGAUUGCAAAUAAAGUAUUUCAUUAAAGCCCUUGAAGAAGGCAUGUUUGUUAGACUAAAUCUGUUUUUCUUACUGUGCUAAUUUAUCUUAAUUUUCAGAUAGCUAAUAGUUCCUUAAAAUAGUACCUGAAAAAUACCAUUUCAUAUUCUUGACCUUCAAAAUACAAAUUACUUGAUUAUAAGACUUCUUCUAAUGAGUUACUGUCUGUCAGUAAUCCUGCACUUAGUUUUUACCUAUUGAUAAAAUUCACCGAAACAUUACUGCCUAGAGAUCUUCAGCCGAUUUUCAUGAAUACAGAGGGCCCUACUUUAGUCUUCAUGCAGGUUGUUUUGAACAGGAAUCGAGGAAGGAAAUAUUCAUGCAAAGCUCUGACUUAGAAAAUUAUAGCAGAAACGUCUACACAUCCUUCUACUGUAAAUCAUCUGUUAUCUCGGUUGGGGCUGACAACAUAGUGCACUUUCAUGUUACACAGAUAUGAAUUCUUUAAGGAUAUAACUUUUCAUUAAGUUAUAAAAACAUUACAUCUAUUAACCUUGACAUCUAAGACUUCUUGUGCACUAUUUCCCCCUCCCCAGAAAACAUCCUGUAUUUUUCACGUGCAAGUUGGAUAAAACAGUGGGUUUAGAGAUUGAGGAUACAAGUGGCAGUUUUAAAACACCAAGUUCUUUAAAUCAGCCGGAAAGAGUGAGAAGUGAAGAUUCCUCAAAUACUGUUAGUCAAUGGGAUAGCCUCCCUUGCCUCUCACAGCCCCUCCCUCUUUCCUCACGUCCCUCCCUCUCUUAAUAGCCCCUCCCUCUCUUCACACCCCUCCCUCUUCACGGUCCCUCCCUUUCCUCUCACGCCCCUCCCUCCCUCCUUCGUAUGGCCGCCUGCCCAGCACAGUGGGGGCCUGGGACUUGUUUGUGUCUGCUAUGGCAGCUCCCUGUGACUUUUGUAUAGCAGUCUGUGUCAGAUGGGUCAUAUGUUGCCUUUGCAAUAGAUGCCUUCCUAAAAAAACAAAACUGAAAGGGUCAUGGUUAUUGGUUUUAUAAUAAGCAAAACAUUAAUUUUUAAUCUUUCUUAUUGUUUUCUCUUUAUUAUUUCCACCAUGUUUUGUUUAGAGAUAAUUUCUGUUAGAAUAAAAAGUUAUAAAGGUUUAUAGAGAACAGUGAGAUAAAAGACAGCUGGACUGCACCUGUUUGUAUACUUUGUUAUUUUCAGGAAUAGAAGUUUAACAGUAACUGAGACUGCAUUAAACUCAGUAACAAUGUUUUAAAAAAAUUACUAAUAUAGGUGAACAGAUUAAUGUUCUUUAUGUAACAGAUAUUCUAUUUGUAUAUAUUUAUAUUCUCUCAAUUUUUUAUGCACUUCCAAGUUUUUGUUGGAAAAAUAGAAAUGAAUCCACUACUUAAAAGUUCUAAAAACGUCACACAAAAUAUUUCAUUUUAGCUACAAGUUAUUCAUUACAUAGGAAUUUAUUAGUAGUCUGGGUAUUUCAUAGGAACUGCAUUUCAAGAGUAACUUAGCCAAACUUAAAGGAACAUAGGGUUACUUUAAAAAUGUAUUAAAAUAAGUUUUAUACUCCAUAAUGCCAUUGAAAUAAUGCAGUUAAGGUAUGCAAGCUAAAAAUGAAAAAGAAUAUAUUUUGUGGUCCUUACUGUUUGAUUGCACUAUUUCCUACAGCUUAGCCAUGUCUAUUUCUGUAUUCUAAGUAUUAAGCUAAUAUGUAACUAAAGAUUUCUUUCAGUUCUGGUAACUGGUAACUAGUGCUGUGAAAGGUUUUGGUAUUGUAAUAUUCCCAGUUUUGUAAGUUAUAUAUUGUAUAUUGAAGAUGACUAAUAAAUUGGAGUAAUAUAUUUAUCUAGAGCUGGGAAUUAUGAUAAUUAUUUUCAAAUCUUCAAGUAAGUUUUAUCAAAUCUUUCUUUUCCUGUUAAGUGAGAAAAAAGUCUCACUUUUAUGUUAAAAUGUCUAUUUAUACAACAGAUUUCUCCUUUUACUGGUUUUAUUAAUUUUCAUAUUAGAAUUUUUCUUAUCUUUUUAUACCAAAAUAAUUAUCAUGCUGGUUAUUCAAACUGCCAAGAUGUAUUUUAGUUUGCUGGACUUUGGCAGACAAAAUAUUUAAUAACACACCAGCUUUGUAUGUUUUGUGGCUUUGGGGGCAAGAAUUUUACCUUUGAAUCUUUUAAGUGAGUUAGUGCUAUUAUCAGCAGUCAUUAAUAGACAGUGUUACCUGUAACCAUCAGUAGAAGGUUUUCACAAGUUGUAUAAAUCAGUGCAUUUAUUUAUUAUGUUGUGAAAUUUAGUCUUUAUGCAAAAUGCAUAGUCUAGCUUUUUUGUUACUGCUGUCGCUUGGAAUGUAAUAGCUCUGUUAACGAUUUACUUACGUACUUGAAGUACUCAUUUCUGUCAAACAGAUGCCCAGUUUUUUUUUCCUGUAAAACAUAGUAUUCUCUACCAACAUAGGUAACAGAAUAGUAAUAGGGACUUUGUUAAAAAAUAAUUUUCAUGUCUAAAAUAAAUAUUGAAAAAGGCAUAAAGCCAAAGUGAAAUCACCACUAUUAAGAAUUUAAUGUAACCAAAGGAUUUAUUGUGCUAUAUUUUGCGAAUUCGUAUAUAAUUUAUAUUUGAGUCAGAACUUCUUUUCUGUGGUAAAUUUUCAAUUUUUAUCGUAAAAGAAAUCUCAGUGAUUAUACUGCCAACAUUUAAAUGCACAUUAAGAAAUAAACCCCCCAAAAUAUCACAUACCUCAAGCGGCUCGCUGUGGGUUCCAGGGUGUAUAUUUUUUUAACAUAUUUGCUUUUGACUCUGGGCUACUUUACUGAUAGUAACCAUGAUGGAUAAUGAUUUGUUUGUUUCUGUCAAUUAAGUCAAUGGGAUUAUUUUCCUAAUGGGAUUUUAAUUGAGUUUUGAGUUACUUUGUUUAAAAGUAUUCUCUAUUCAACUGUUUAAAAGACUAAAAAAUCUAAAACAUAAUGGCACAACAUACCACACAGAAUAAAAUCACAUGAAGAAAAAAAAACACGCUGUUUUGACUUUAAUGUGAGUCAGUGUUCUAUACCAAAGAAAUCACUUUAACAUGUCCUAAAUUCAGUUGUUUUAUUGCUUUACAGUAUAAGCAGUAGAUGAAUUGUGAACUAUUUAAGAACUAUACUAGGCAGUUAAGAAUUUACUAUAAUUUUAAAGACAGUUUUAUAUUACUUUUGCUGUUACACAAGCAAUUAUUAAAGUCAGGAUAAAAGAAAAUAUGUGAGAAACCUUAUAUGGCUAUUAAAGGAAAAAGAAACUUGAACUGGUCAUGUUGGAAAGAUUUGGAAAUGAAUAGUUUGAAUGUAGAUAUGGUUUACUUUAUACUACGGGAGCACAAAACGUGUGGGAUACAUGCUAGACACAAUACCACAAAAAUGAAAGAUGCCACCAACCUGGUGAAGUCUGAGACUGCAUCUGUAUCUUAUCAACAACCAGUGAGUCCAGGGGGCCCAUUCUGUGGAAAUUUAGGAGUCAGUUGAGCAGUAGCUUGGAUGACCUAAUCAUUUGUAUUUCCUACAUGAGGCCAAUAUCUGUGCUUUGUCAACCUAACAAUUUGUAUAGGGAGAACUAGUUAGAGGGCUUCACUAGUUCCUGUAGAAGAACUCUGGUAAAUACAGAUGAAACCAUACCAUCAGACUAACAAGAUUUUCGUGAACUUGCCAAGCCUUAAAUUUUUUGCAAUGAUAGAUUUUCCUUUCAUUGAAAACAAAAAGUUAUUAAAAUUUAUAAUAUACAUAGCCGAAUUCCGUGAUUCUGGAGAUGGGAAUAUGGUUUAGGUUUAUUGGGUUCCAUGACUGGCACCGGCUCACUGUAUCCUUUCUACAAACUGUAUGUUUUGUGCCUCAGUUUCCCCAAUUAGAAACGGCAUACAAUAUUAUCAAUUAUAAGUACGUAGGAAUUUUUCUUUUCUAAAAGGAACUCUAUAAGUGUGAAUCAUACCUAAAUUUACCAUUCCUUUCCCACCGCCAUUUGAAAUAUAAAGCCUUCCAAGACUAUAGCAUGAACAUGAAAAGUCCAAAUUAACAUCCCUUGAUACUCAGUUUAAAAAUGAGCAUGAAGUGGCACUAAUACUGUCUGUACCUGAGGAGCUUGUGGGCAUUUUCAUCUGUGUCCUACCAGUUCAUAGUAUUCAUUUUGGGAUAGACUAAAAUCUCACUUCUAAAAUCUUCAGAAAUUUAGUAGUAUUUUUUUCCAUACUGACCCCAAACAACCAAUUUUAUAGCAGUGAUUUUUUUUUUUUUUUUUUUUUUUACUUAGGAUCUUCCCAUCUUUUGUUAUAUUAACUCCCCAAAGAGGAAAUUGUCUCUUUAAAGCGGUUAAAAGAAUGGGACACGGGAUUUCCUUACCUUGCUUUACCCUUUGACGUCACUUACUCUCUAUGCCAAGUGAGUGGGGAAUGCUUUCCUUGCCAUUUGACCCCUCUAGCCUGCGUCACUGGCUACCUUCGCUGGCUAUGGAAUGGUACUCCCUCAUGCAAAUAUCUUCAAAACUUCCUAUAACGAAACUACACUAGAGAUUAUCUUAAUUAUUACUAUAAUGGAAAUUGGGGUGCAAUUAAGGGAAAUAAAUUAGAAGAACCCGGUUAGAAUCAUGAACUAUAGAUGAGAGAAAAUAAAUAUUGAUUUUAUUUUUGCCUGACAUUCAAAUUUAGUCACUGUCUGAUCCUUGACUUAAAGAUUUUGCUAAAUCUGGUGUUGAUUUCAGCACAAUAUGAUAACUUGGAGCUCUUGUAGCUUCUCCUCCCCUAAAAAUAUUGAAAGUAUAAGAGGGGGUAAGCUUCUUGACACAAGGGAGAAGACUGAAUCAGAACUUCUUCGCAUGGUAUUUUGACUUGUCUUAACACAACUUCAUUUUCUUUUUCUUUUUUUUCUUUUUUUUUUAACCUGGAUACAUUAACUCAUCAGACUUUAUUCAUAUUUAGCCAGUUACCCAUUAAUGUAUUUUCCAUGUUCCAGGAGCCAGCCAGGAUCUCAUACUGUGGUCCCUAGUUGCCAGGUCUCCUUAGAUUGCUCCGAUCUAGGACAGUCCAUGGUCUUUACCAUGACCUUUCACUUGACCUUGACACUUAGGAAGAGUUCUUGCCAGUAAUUUUGUAGAAUGUCUCUCAAUAUAAGUUUAUCUACUAUUUCCUCAUGAAUAAAUCCAGAUUAUGCACUGGGGACAAGAAUAACACAGAAAUUAUUUUGUACCCUCAGUACAUUUUAUCAACAUGUAUUUUGUAUAUCAAUAUAUCAACAAGUCCUGAUUAUAACUUUGUUGACUUGGGAAAGGUGAUAUAUGCCGGGUUUCUACACUGUAGAAUUAUAAGUUUUUUCCUUGAGGAUUCUUACUGGUCAUAAUUAUUACUGUGCUGUUUGCCAAAUGGCUAUUCUCUCUCAGUUUAUAUAGAUAUACUAGAUACAUAAUAUCUACAUACAUAUAUAUAUAUAUAUACAUAGCCAGUUAUUUAUUUCCCUCAGAAUGGAAUCAUAGUUAUUUGUUUUAUGAGUUAUAAUCCAUUACUAGAGAUAUUUAUUUUGUUGCCAAAGGAUCCCAGAUUUGACCAUUGGGAGCAGUUCCAGGUUAGCUCCUGUGUCCUUCUGACAUGCCCCGUCAUUUUGUGAGCACUUCCAACUUCCUGGCAUUGCAACAACCACUAUUUCAUCCUGAUACCCUUGAUUCCAACACAACACCAAGAACUCUCAUUCUGGCCUUCUUCCUUUCCUCAAGAGGCAAGUUUCUCGAGAAACUUGCCUCUUCCACAAUGUACUUACUUACAUGCUUGGUCCUAGAAUAUAAUAUAUAAAAGACUUUCAGAAAUGCUAAAACAUUCCCCUGUGAAAAACAAAUUUACUAACUAAAGUACAACAUUAUAUACAGAUCUUUCUAAAAAAGGGAAGGGCAGGUAACUGGAAGGUGGUAAGGUCUUAUGGCCUUACAACUUCAUUUUCUUAAUGACAGAUCUCUCAUUGAUAUUCCAGAAUGAUUUGGUACAGUGACAGGAAGAAACCAUUAUUCUGGGAAUUUGCUUCCCACAUGACCUGAUGCACAGAUGCCCUUAGUGUAAUUAAAAUUAAUUACAAUACUAUUUAGAGCCGGCCCUGUUUACAGAUUUCCAUUGUACGGUAGUUUUUCAAUAUGCAUAAUGUUGAGGAUGACAAAAUUGCAAACUUGAUCAGCUCUUAUGUUUACUCUCCUCCUUUACUUGAAAAGCUUUCAGAAAGCUUUUUGACAGUUUUCAUAGCAACAUUAUGUGAUUACAUUCUUCUGCCAAGAAACUCAUAAACUAAAAUAUGGAACAAAACAAAUGCUUCAUUCUAAUCUUGGUUUUGGAUUGUGUAAACAAAAGCAUUUUAUAUAUCAAAGUUUUUUUCAGUAUUUAUGCAGUUGCAUAUUUCAUUUUUUGGUCCACAUCAAAAAUUGAAUUGGCAUUUUAUGUUCUAUUUCUAAUCAGUUGCAGGAAAGUAAUAAUUCCAUUACCUUUAUCAGUACAAGCCUUCACCAUUUUUCUCUCCUGGGCUUUUGCUGUCAUUUUUCAGCAACCAGUUUUCCUACGUUCUUUCUCUCCCAUCUGUAGUCCAUCUCCCUCACCGCUGACAUAGUGAUCUAUCUAAAACACAAAUUUACUUUGCAUCCCUUUGCCUGAAAAUUCUUAAAUAUGCUCUCCUUUUUUUAUAGCAUAGCAACCUAACUCCUUAGCAUGAUGGAUAAGCGUCUCUGUGACCUUGCUUUUUUGGCACAUUUUUUUAGCAUCCUCACCCCACCAUUUCCCACCUUUUUUUAAAGCAUCCUCACCUACCAUUUCCUCUAACGACCUUCUGUAAUUCCAGAGUUUGGAACUACUCACAACUUGAUGCCUUGGCAUCAUCACAUGCCAUCGGUCAACUCAUUCAUGACCCAGUUCAAGCUCCCCAGCCUGAGUUGUGUUUCAUCCAUGCUCCACAGAACCUUGAAACUUUUUCUGUUAAAAUAACAUCACAUUUCAACAAUUUUAUAUAUAAUAUGCCUGUUUGCCCCCACUGAAUUUCUUUCUACCUUUGUAGUUUCACUGUCUAGCUAGCACAUAAUAGGGCUUUGAGAAGUGUUUCUGAAUGAAUGAAGGUAAUGGAGAACCCAAACUUCUCUGUAUUUUCAUACUUUCACAAAUGAAAACUUAGACUUCCCGAGAGUCCACACGAGGGGUGUGUGUUUCAUGAGCCUGCAUGCACUCUGGGAAACCAACGGAAGAUAAACAGCAGGAAAGAGCAGUUGCUUAGAAUCUUUUGUUGUUAGCUGUUCUUAGAAAUAUUUCCCACAUCUGAAUUCUUGUUUCUAAAAAUGAGGCUUGCCAAAUUUGCAUAUAACUGCCAAAUUUUUAUUUGUGAUUCAUAAACAUGCCCUAAAGAUGGUCUUUCUCUUCUGCAGACAUUCAGUGUAUACAAUCUAUAUAAACACAUAUACUGAUUACCUGCACAAAACAAUGAGACUUCAGAAAGGAAAAACAAUAAUGAAGAUGAAAUUUUCUUUAAGAUAAUAUUCAGCCAGAGAUACUGACUGAAUUUGGGUGAUUUUUAGGUCAUUUACAUCUAACGACUGCUUCAUUGUUUUGUGAUGCACAUGGCAGAAGGCUUGUUUGUGACUUUCAUCCCUUUUCAUGAAGAACAUGAAGACUGAAAACUGUUACCCGUAUACUACAGAUUCAUGUUCAUUUCAGAAUAGACUGAAAUCUCACUUCUAAAAUCUUCAAAAAUUUAGUAGUAUUUUUUUACGCCCACCCCAAACAACAAAUGGUCUGUUUUUCUUUUGUGAUUUCAUAGUCCAAAAUGCAUGUAAUUAAAUGCCAUCUUCCUUCACUUAAUAGACAUUUUUCUACCAUCUCUAUACUUGGCACCUGAAUAGAUGCCAAGUGUACAAACAAAAAAGACAUAGCUCUUGUCUGGUAGAGUUCAUUUGUUUUCAUAAUUAUUUUUCUACAGUCCAUUUAAGAAAUUGGGAGGACAUUUUUUAAACCAAGUAUUCCUCAGAGUAUUUCAGAGAAGUGGUCUCCUUCCACGCUAAAACACUAACUCAAUUCUGUGUCAUGAAGAAGUAAUCCUAUUUUUGUAUCCAUAGUUUUUGUAUUUUUAGGUCAGCCACAAAUAGUUUUUGCCCAUCACUUGUCAAGUACAUCUUUCAGCAAAUCUGUAGAACACCAUUCAUUUCCACAACAUACGUGUGUGUGAUCCAAGAGACUAGGAUUUGUACAACAUGAGUUAAGUUUCAAGUUUAUUUUAGGAAGGCUUAUAUCCCUAUUAAUGACACAUACACCAAAUAUAUGAGGUAUACAUUGUGAACCUAGAGUAGAGGGGAAGCGUAAUGCUUCGUGGUAUAUAAGGCUCCAUUUGAACUUAUGGGUUAAUAUUUCCACCUCUGUUAUUUUUACUGGGGAGUAGGGAGUAAUAAUAUUUAACAGGUAGCAUACUUAUCUAAGUAUACUCCUGGUAUUUGUAUGCUGCAAUGCACUGAUACAUAGAUGAAACACAAAUAUUUGAGUCAUAAAAAAUGAACUUCUCUGAAGAUUUACAAAUGCUUCAUUCUAAUCUUGGUUUUGGCUACAUAAUAGGGUUCAUUGAUGAGAAGGAAAGAAUUGCCCUUUAUUGUCAGUAACUAUGGAAAAAACCUUACUUGUAGGUAGAUUUACAUUUUGAUAGGCAUAUUUUGAUACUUUAUGCUAUUCCCCUUCAGCGUGAAGUAUCAACUAUUUCUAUGUCCUCUGGCAAAAGAAAAUUCUUAGCUUGAUACAACUUCACUCUUUGUUCCACGUUAUACAAGGUUCACAAAAGAAGGCUCAGAAGGCUACACUUUACCCUUCUAUUCAGCAUAUUGGUUUUUACUUUUUAAUAAAGAUACCUUUCAGUAACUAUUUGCCUUCUGUUUAUCAUCAUUGAAAACACGACAGUAGAGUUCCUUUUGUCCCUUACAUUGCAAAAGAUAGUUUUAAUUUAGCCUUUGAUUUAUUAUUUAUAGUUAAGAAUUUACUACAUUUUGGUAGUCUGUUUUGAAACCUGUAUCUGAAAGAUGCAGAUCAUGUCUAUUUAUUACACAGUGGGCUCUGUUUGCUGCAGAAAAGGGUGAAACUUUUAACUGCUUAGCACACUUGCCAGUGAAAUAUACCUGACAGAGCAGAGGUUAUAACUUUGGCUCUAAUUACUUUUAAUAAUGGUAAGAAAACGUGAGUUUUGUUUGUUUACAUGCUGUUUACAAUGGCAUAAUUUUUUAAAUAUAUACGACAAUUGAGAUAUUUAUUGCAUACUAUUUUAAAGAUGUUUUAUGUGUCUCCACCUUUGGAAUAUAUUGUUACAGUUCCUUAUACAGAUCAUUUGGGUGGCUUUGUUAACUAACGUAGCUAGCAAUUUUUAUGACUACUAAGUGACCAGUUUUCUGUGCCUUUUAUUGCGGGAUGCAUGACUAUGUAUUUAUUGUAUGGAAGUCACUGACAUGUAUAUUUUUGUACUUUGCUGAGUGUAAUGGUUGAUCUCAACGUAUGUGACGAUGAGAGAAGCCUUUUCCAAAGGGCACUGCCUUCAGGUCGUCCUUCUCAAAUAAAAAGAAUGCAUUUG